AUGAGAUAUAAGGAUGACGCCGAGCAAAAACUGGAGCAGUUAUUUAAAAGAAAGAGUAAGGAACAGGAAAAAUUAAUUCCUCCUUCAAACGUUACUGUCAAUCUUUCUCAGUUAUCCCUACCUAUAUUCAGUGGUGACCCUAGACAAUGCAGAGGACGAAAUCACACAAGUGACUAUACUCUGGCUAAAAUCGUUGUCCUUACCAGGAGGCAAUAUGUCAAAGGACGAUUACAAUCUAAUAGAGUGAGAUCCAACAAUCGACUAGAAUAUUCAGAACUGGACAACGAAAGCAAAUAUCCCAUUUAUUUACCAAAUAAGGGCGAUUUAACUAAACUCAUCAUUUUGCAUCAAUAUGAUAAGUUGUACCAUGCUGGUAUUGCGCAUAUCUUACCUGCAAUAAGAUUUUGGAUUCCGAAAGGAAGGGCCGCAAUAAAAUAUACGAUAUCCUCAUGCAUGGCUUGCAAGCGAUGGAGGGCAAAACCCUUCAACUUACCACCAAUGCCAAACCCACCAGGAUCACGAGUACGACGAUCAAGAUCAUUCGAGCAGGUAGGUUUAGAUUAUUUGGGCCCUAUCGAUUAA